UUUUUACUGUGCAUCAUCUCUCCCCAGUUUCUUUACUACUUUUUCUUUUAAUUCGCAUUAUCGCUCCCCGGUUUUUUUUUUUUUUAAGUUUUAUUUUUUAAUUCGCAUCAUCACUCCCCCGGUUCGUUUUUUAAUUCGCAUCAUCACUCUUCGAUUUCUUUACUACGUUUUCUCUUAAUUUGCAUCAUCACUCCCCUUGUUUGUUUUUUACUACUUUUUAAAUUCGCAUUAUCAGUCCCUAGUUUCUUUACUGCGGUUGUUUUUUGUUAUGUUUUUUUUUUAAUUCGCAUCAUCACUCCCCCGUUUCUUUACUACAAUUUUACCGCGACAGGUCAUUAGCAAGACUUCACACUUUUAACAAAUCAUUUCCGUCGAAUGUUAUUUAUUUUUACCAGAAAUUGGCAGUUGAUUACCGCAAAUAUGUUGUCCUCUUCGCUGAGGUCAUGCAAUCGUACUAUAUAUAUAUAGGUAUAUUCCUAACGGACAACACAUGCGGUCAAAACAAGUCACAGGCGGAUCAUUAAAUUGUCUAUUGACAGUAUUUUAUACCUGAAAUAUAGUCGAAUGUUUUUAAAUUCCAUACCUCGAUCUAAGGAGGUAUAAUUAGGUUCAUCAAAGUAGCCAGGACUUGGAUUAUUCGAUCGCAAUGUCAGUUUUGAAUUGAUUCGGGCAAGGUUAGCCGAUUAUUGUGACAUUUCGAUAACAAUAUACCUAUAUCAACAAAAACAAGCCAAGAUUCAAUUAUCUGAAAAGAAUUUUCGAAGCGUGUUCAGUAAGAUAAUGAAAUCAAACCUCGUCAUGUCCUCAAGCACAAAGUGUUCAUGUGACACGAGAUUAUCCUUUAUGAAUUAAAGGCAUGCGAGAAAAAGAGAAAUAUUCUUCACAUUUUUUUUCCUGUUCAAAUUUUAUAUUUUCUAUUUAUGGACAAGUCACCAAAAUCUGAUUCUCCAAUCGGCUAAAUGAAGUGUGCUUUAAAAUAUUUCAGUCUUUUUCAUCAAUAUUGCGUCUUUUGCGCCCUUUACUGUCGCGCUUGAAUACACCUCUACGAAGGUGACGACUCUUUGAUCUGCGGUUGUGCAGUGGAAAGAUGAGCCCAUCGUGUCUUGAUAGUGUUCCAGGAGGCGUGGCUUUUGGUGUAAUAGUCUAUUCUCCCAAUGGUGUCUCAUGUGAUCACGAGUCCUGUCAACAAACUAGAGACCAAUCGAAUACCGGAACGGUCUCCAUUCUUAUAUUACAAAUUACUGAUGAACAUUUCGACUCCUAUUUUGUUUUCUUUUGCUUAUCAUCCUCUCAAAUUUUAAUGUCCGCAGAAGGAUCAUAAAAAAAAUGUCUCUUGAAGAAAUGGUGUAGUAAAUUCUGCACAAGAGAAAACACAAUAUCGCAGCACGCAUGUGAGAAGACCGCGGUGGUUGAUCUAUAACACAAAAUCAUGUCUUGGAUUAAUUUUGAAAAAAGUAACUUUGUGAUUGUGAAAGGAACUUGUAUUUAAGCCAAGAUGUAUGCACAUAAUGGGAGUUAGCAGCUACACUAAGUUUUCAGUGGGACUCCUCUAUUUGACGUUCUGUGUAUACGGCGAAUUUUUGUGUUGGAACAUAGACAGACAAAUGUUUGCAGGCUGUCAUUGGAUUUUGAUGUUCUACCUCUUAUGGGCAUUGUCGUCCGUAGUCGCCCUCCGAGCCAAUUUUAUCUGUAACAGAAUCCCCGGUUUAACUCCUCGACAACGAUCCAUUUGCCGGAAAAGGCCGAAUGCAAUAGUGACGAUCGGGGAGGGAGUUCAAAUGGGAAUUAACGAGUGUCAGUAUCAGUUCCGGAAUAAUCGUUGGAAUUGUUCCAGUACCGGAACAGAAAAUACCAUGUUCGGACACACUCAUAAAGUUGGGAGCCGAGAGGCAGCUUUUACAUACGCCAUUACGUCGGCGGGAGUGACUUAUUCCCUAACUCAGGCGUGUAGCUUAGGAAAACUAAAACGCUGCAGUUGUGACCAAAGUAAAAAGAAAAGCAAGGUCAUUAACGACGGAUGGAAGUGGGGAGGAUGUAGUGCUGAUAUUAAACAUGGACUUAAAUUUUCCCGCAAAUUUCUAGACGCACGGGAAAUAGAACAAAAUGCAAGAUCCCUCAUGAAUAAACAUAACAACAGAGCGGGGAGGAAGGCUGUCAAGGAAAAUAUGGGCACUGAGUGCAAGUGUCAUGGCGUAUCUGGAUCCUGUGCCAUGAAGACUUGUUGGACAACUUUACCGCCAUUUCGUCAAAUAGGAGACCAUUUAGUAAAGAAAUACAAGAAAGGCAAACUUGUGGUGCCGAUGGUAGGGGGACGUAACCGGCGCCCUGUUUAUCUGACUCUCAAACGAUCAAGACGAUCGCACACAAAGCCAAGGCGAUCAGAAAUAGUCUACUUACAGAAAUCGCCAAAUUAUUGUGAUUAUGACGAAUCUGUUGGUUCGCUAGGAACUGUGGGUAGGAAGUGUAAUAGGACGUCCACAGGUACUGACGGAUGUGACCUCAUGUGUUGUGGGCGGGGUUAUAAUACCCAUCAGUACACUAAAACAUGGCAGUGUAACUGCAAAUUUCAUUGGUGUUGCUAUGUGCAUUGUAAUAAAUGCAGUGAGCGGACAGAGGAAUACGCAUGUAAAUGAAUGACGUCAUCAUCCAAGAAUAAAUUUAAUCAAACGUAAAAAAAAAAAUUAUGUACCUACCAGGAAUACGAGUGCAAUUUCAGUGUAACACAUAUCAGACACUCUUAGUUUUGUUUGAUAUAGCAUUUACAUUUUUCAAUUGUGAUAUUUAUAAACAUUGCAGACAAAGAAUGUUCAUUGUAAAUACCAUAUUCAUAUUUUUAUACAAAUCAUGUAUUGUUUAAUGUAUUUAUUAUUAGAUAGUUCAACAAUUUUACAGUGAUUUUAUAGUUAUGACUUUCGCAGUAAUUUAAGUGACGAUUCAAAGCCCCUCUGAACAAUUAGAAUUAGAAUAAAUUCUGGAUUGAUAUUUUUACAGGGUGCAUAUUUAUAUAUAUUUAUCCCCUUCGAAAAAGAGGGGUCAUAUUACAGACUGCUUCCAAUUGUCAGUCGUUAGUCUGUUGGUAGACCAAGUAUUGUUCCUCAAUAUCUUGAGAACCAUUUAAUUGAUAAGCAUAAUUCACAGGUUGGUCAUACCUUCUACAAGACCACUACUGAUUUUGAGGUCAAGGCCCAAGGUCAUGGGGUUUCUAGAAUGCAUAUAGCAAUUGCUGGCUGAUAACUAGAGAUGGUUCUAUUGAUUGCAUUCAGUAGUUGUCCUACUGAGAACUUUCGCUUCAGUAGAACCCCUUGUCCAAUGACCAUUCAACUUCAUAGACAGGUCGGUCAUGAAUUUCUUGAUUUUCAGGUCAAAAUGUCAAAGGUCAUGGGACUUUCUUCCAUGCAUAUAGUAUUUGUUGUCCGACCGAUGUUAGUGAUAACUCAGAUCAAGAAUAUUUUACUAAAUAGUAAUCAACUUCCAAAGGCAAACUGAUUAUCAUUAACAUGUUACCCCUAUUGGUUUUCGGAUCAAACGAUCACCAAUUGUUUUAAACAUGGAUUUCAAUUUUGUGGAAAGGGGCAUGUAUAUUUUACAAUCAUGACUUGUUUUGAUAAAGAGUCUCAACAGUGAUUUCUUGUAAGAAUUAUUUCGAUAUUUGAUUUGAUGUUUAGCACCUCUCGUAUGCUUUCAUAAAACAGUCUUGUUGUAUUUUUCGGAAUGAGAUGGAUGUAUCGAAUGAUGUUAUCUCCAAAAUACACUGUGCCGAUAUUUUAAUAAUUUUUUGAUAAUAUGUGUAUCUUAGUUUGUACAUAAGAACUGUCUCAAAUUGCUGUAUUAUUGUCUAUUUUUGUUUUAAAUUUUAAUUUACCGGUUGGAAGUAAAUGAACAUAAUAUUGACAACCUCAAGUUGUAAUUUUGUACAGCUGCCACCCAGUAAAUUCAAAACUGACAACCUCAACGUCAUGCUUAUUGUUUUGUAACUUAAACAUUUAAAUUUUUAACUCUUUGAAGCCAAACAUUCCAUUGAAUAAAAAUGAAAUAGAAUUUAAAAAUAGAUAUAUUUCUAUUUGAUAAUGCUGUUAUAUAAUUUGUUUCUUGUGUGUGUAAAAUAUGAUUUAGUAGUCCUAUAACUUACAAAAGUUACGAAGAAUUUACGACUCGUAAAUGGAAAAUUAUUUAGUGAUGCUAAAACAUUCCUUCAGCUUUACCAUUUUCGUGACAUUCACAUAUUAUUAUAUUUUAUAACAGUUUAACAGGACUCUAAGUCCCUCUUUCAAUGUUUUUAUUUUUAUUACAUAUUAUUUAUUACUUGUUUUGAGGAUAUUGUUCAACUACCAAAAUGUAAUGCACUGUUCAGAUUCAAAUGUCUUUGAAAGAAUUUGAAAGAUAUUUUUAAUAAACUAUAUGUUUACUGCA